AAACAGUCGAUUAUUGGCAUUAAAGUUUACCAACGAAUACAACUUUGUAAAAGUAUUUAGAACAUAAAUAAACAAAAUAUGAUGAAGAAAUUACUAAUAUUUAUAACAUUUUAUUUAAUGGAAUGCAUUGAUUGCUGUGCCAUAUUGACUGAUCGGCCGUUAACUGAAGAAUUGAAGAAGAACUUGAAGUCACCAUGGCUGGUGCUUAUUAUUGACGAAACUAUAACUUCACCAAUUGGCAUCAGUUAUGGCGCUAUUAUAAAAGAAAACAUUGUCUUAACCUCAGCAAAAGCAGUAUUUGAUCACGAUGUUGAAAAUUUAUUGGCUGUGACUGAUUGCAUGAUAACUGAGUUGCAUAAAAAAGUAAAUUCUGAUUUAUGUGUGUCGAGAAAAUCCGUGGGAAUUUAUCCGAAUCAUCUUUAUAAAGAAGACAUCAGAGAUCUUGAUUCAGUCUUAUUAUAUUUGAAUGAACCUUUUGAACUGACCUAUAGAAUAAAUACAAUUCCAAUGAUAAAUGAUGAUAAUAUUGAUGAUAUUGAUAAAAAUAAUUGUUUCGUUUAUCACUGGAUAGUUGAAUAUGAUGGCGUUAAUAGGGUACCUAUCACAGUUCAAUAUCAAUUGGUGCCUGAUGAAGGAGGAUUCAAAAUAGACGAAAAUGAAGAAAGAAAAUUAAUCGGUGAUGGAGAUUGUUUUCUCGAUCCAUGUCCAAAUUUUUUGACCAUUGGGAACUAUUCAGCGUACGAUGUCAGUUUUUUGGGAAGUCCAAUUGCAUGUCCACUGAAAAAUGAUCCAAGUCAACAUAUACAAUCUGGCAUCGCGACAAUUGUCUACCGAGUAUAUCACUCACUAAAUGAAAACGAAUCAAACAAAUAUAAAGUAUUAGAAGGAAGUUUAUAUGAUUUAUCUCCUUAACGAAAAUCAAUUGAUAUUUAUUAAUUGUUAUUAAAUCGAUACGGUGUAUAAAUACUGUCAAAAAAUGUUAUGUUUCUCCCGAAAUGUAUAAAAUUUUUUUUCUAUGUACAGGAAUUUAUUCGUAAUAUAAAAAAUAUACUAGUUAA